AUGCUGGCCCUCCGCGACCAGGAAAACCUGGUGAACACUCAUCAAACCGUCGCCGCUGGGAAGCCCUUGAACCAGGGUAUCAACAAACUACCCCCAAAGACUCCCGGCAAAACUCCCUUUAAAGUGCCACUCAACGAUGAGAACAAUCCUCUUCAAUUUGGAAAACGGACAGGAAAGGGCAAUGGAAAUCGUCAGGAUAAUGGAAAGCCCGGAAAGGACGCGUUCGUUACGCCGAUGGAACCGAGGCACCGUGCUCCCCUAGGCAUGAAGACGACGAACGCGAAGGCUAAGGGCCUGCAGACGCCAGCUCCGUUCGGGGGAACAUUGAAACCAGAGAAAACAAACCGGCGGAUGUCGACCGCUCAAAAAAUCAAGAAGGCUGCUCCAGUAUCCCAGCAGGCUCAAACCAAGGUGUACACGGAAGCCGUUCAUGAUGAUGUGCCGGACAUUGAAUACAUGGCUCCGAAAGCUAUAAGCCUGCCAGAUUUCCCCGAUGACAUUACAUACGACACAACAUUCCCGCAAUUUCAACCAAAGAACCGGGCCCUGGGCUUGGAAAGUGUUUAUGGAAGACAGGAGGUGGGCCGCGAUGGCCUUACCCACAAGCAGCGCAAGUUUCAGGAGGAUUCAGCGCAGUGUGACAAGCUGGUCAACGAGACAAUCAUGAAGCAGCUGGAUAAUAUCAGUUUCAAUGACGCGAGUGAGGAUGAGGCCCCACAGCCUAUGAAGGAAUACUCACUCGCUACUCGCCUACGAGGGCCUUCGACCACCACCAGAGCUGCGAGGAUUCCGACUAUUCGAUCUCGUGAGGCCGCCGCUGCUCUAGCCGCACCGAAAGCUAGUGCUGUUCCGGCCCGAAGUGUUGCUGUGUCCAAGUCUCGAGUCGCAUCUGCUGCGUCUGCCGCAUCUGCUCUGAUGCCAAAGAAGAAGACUCGGGUACCGACCAAUCCCUCCUCCAUGCGCACCACGGCGGCGGCAGCGACUUCCAACACGACUCUAGGAUACUCUAAGGGUCGCACUGUCUCGUCUUCGCUACGCAACAAGGCAUCUGCCCAGAAGGCCUCCAGCUCCCAGGCAGCGUUGUCUCCCGAAACUUAUCUGCAGCUGUAUGGCAUGCCGCCCCUGGGAUCGGAUAUGUGGACUCGCUGCAAAGCUGCCGGAUGUUUUGAUAUCCCCGAUGAGGCUACGGCAUCCCGGGAACUUGAGGAGUCUCUGCCUACCUUUGAGGAGGAUGAGGAUGCCGAGAGCUUUCAGCUGACACUGUAA